CCAGAACUAACACAGAAGCGAGAGUUCAAGUUUCAGGCCUGCUCUCCCAGGAAACUGGUCUGCCAUCACCUCCAGCUGUGUCGGAAUCCGUCACUUUAAUGAACCGGCUUCUGUAGAAAUCCUGAGUGCUAACACAUCCAGCAAGACUGAUGCUAGCUCUUGUCACCAUGGAGACAUCACUUCUUGCCAAGUGUUUUCAGCGCCUUGCAAUCCCUGGUUCUGUGAGAGUACUACAUAAAGAUUAUAGAACAGUUUCACCUCAGAAUUUUUCCAAUUAUGAAUCUAUGAAACAGGAAUUCAGACUGGAGAUUCCAGAGUAUUUCAACUUUGCUAAAGAUGUCCUGGACGAAUGGACCAAUGUGGAAAAGGCUGGAAAGAGACCUUCCAAUCCAGCCUUCUGGUGGAUAAAUGGAAAUGGAGAAGAAGUGAGAUGGAGUUUUGAGGAACUGGGAUCUUUGUCUAGGAAAUUUGCCAAUAUACUUACAGAAGCCUGUUCCCUGCAAAGAGGAGAUAGAGUAAUUGUGAUUCUUCCCAAGAUCCCAGAAUGGUGGCUUGCAAAUAUAGCCUGUCUGCGAACAGCACCUUCCCUGAGAAGCUAUAAAUUUAAAAGCUUAAAGCACUGUGUGAGUGCUGGUGAACCAAUCAAUCCUGAAGUGACUGAACAAUGGAGAAAAAGGACAGGUCUGGAUAUCUAUGAAGGAUACGGACAGACUGAAACGGUGCUAAUCUGCGGAAAUUUUAAGGGAAUGAAAAUUAAGCCUGGCUCAAUGGGAAAGCCGUCUCCUGCUUUUGAUGUUAAGAUUUUAGAUGUAAAUGGCAAUGUUCUACCUCCUGGACAAGAAGGAGAUAUUGGCAUUCAAGUUCUACCUAACCGACCAUUUGGCCUUUUUGCUCAUUAUAUAGAUAGUCCUACAAAAACAGCUUCAACACUACGAGGCAAUUUCUACAUCACUGGGGACAGGGGCUAUGUGGAUGAAGAUGGCUAUUUCUGGUUUGUUGCAAGAGCAGAUGAUAUCAUAUUGUCCUCUGGUUACAGAAUUGGACCAUUUGAGGUGGAAAGUGCGCUGAUUGAGCAUCCUGCUGUUGUAGAGGCUGCUGUUGUCAGCAGCCCAGACCCCAUCAGGGGAGAGGUAGUAAAGGCUUUUAUUGUUCUGGCCCCUGAUUACAUGUCACAUGAUCAAGAACAACUAAAAAAGGAGAUUCAGGAGCAUGUAAAAAAAACUACAGCACCUUACAAAUAUCCCAGAAAGGUGGAAUUUGUUCAAGAGCUGCCAAAGACUAUCAGCGGGAAGAUCAAAAGAAAUGAACUGAGGAAGAAAGAAUGGGAAACAAUUUAAAUCUGUUCUAUUAUUUAUCACAGUAUCUAUAAAACAAAGAUUCUGUCAAAACCACAAGAGUAUAGGGAGGUGAUGACAAAUGUGGUAAUAUAUUUGUAAGUUGUUGAUUUAAAAUAUCUUGCGGUUGGGACACCUGGCUGGCUCAGUCAGUCGGGAAUGCAACUCUUGA